AUGGACUAUACAGAGAAGAUAAGCUCUGGCAAUAAGAGAUUGUCAUUGCGACGUUCUAUUGUUGGGUCAAUUAAACGAUCUUUGUCUCCCCUUUCUCGAAAGUCUUACUCUCCGACAACGUCUCAGAACAGUGGAUGCUCUGUUGAGUCAACUCACAAUUCUUUGUCCUCGCUCAACGGCCAAUCUCUGCCAGCUAGCAUCUCAUCGAAAUCUAGCAGAUUCAAAAAGUCCACCUCUUUAUCUCCCAACAGUCAUGUUGUCACUAAAUCCACUGAAAUAUCGUCUUCACAGCAAGGCCAAUUGCCUCCGAAUAAUUCAUCAUCAGAAGUCAACAAAGUGCGCACGUCGAGGCCCUUUUCUUUCAGCAACAGAAUAUCUGUGCAAUCUAUGCAAGAAAUCUUUUCGCCCAAGAAAGAAAUCCCAACUCGUGCAGCAUCCACUACUAGCAAACUUACGAGAUCCCUUUCCACUACCUUCUUUACCGAUAAGAAACAUUCUGUUCAAUCACUCAAGGAUGUUCCUUCACAAGAAGACAAUCAGUUCCUUCCAACUCAAACGAAAUCUUCGGUUGAAUCGCGCCUUCCUGGCAAACUUCAUUCUGCCUCGACAACUCCUAAUAUUCGAUCCUCCACUCAGUCUACAAGAGAAUCAAAAUUACCGGAGAAAGAUGUUUCGCUUCCAACUCGAGCAUCAUCUACAUCUAGCAGAUAUUCUGCAGGAGUGUGGGUUCCACCGAUAAUCAAUCAGACAAAACUGAGUUCCGAGCAACCCCUUCCGCCUCCAAGUGCAAAGCGAACGUCAGUAGUUUCAUUUCAAAUCCCAGAAGGUGUCCAAGUCAGCCCCCCACAGAACGAUAUGUUAUUGACUCUUCAACCUCCAUCAAAUUCAAGCAAGUCUAAUCGCUCGAGUUGGCUAUCUGUCUCUCGCAACUCGUCUACAAAAAGCAAGAAACCUUCUCAACCUACACGACUUCAGCGUUUAGCAUUAGGGCCCAGUAGAGAAACCUCAAGAUCUCAACAAAAUUACAUCCCGACAACUACCAAAGAAACUACCCUUCCUUGGGAUCCUCCCUUCGACAGGAAUUGGGACCUUUGCGCUAACGAUGGCGUGCCUAUGAAUUCCAAUGAGAGUUUCGAGAAUUGCCUUCCACCCCGACAGAACGACAAUUUUUCUCCAUUUUUUGAUAUGCCUACAAGAGUUCGCCGCAAGAUCUAUUCCUACUGCUUGCCUAGUAGCACAGAUACUACAGUAUCUCUAUCCCCUGAAUUUGCUUGGAGGAAUUGCUAUCAUGAUUACUACUUCACUUCACCGUGGAGCGUCCUUGAAAUGGUUUCUGGUGCAUUGGCAUCUUUCAGCCUUAUGAGAAAUGAUAUUUUGACCUACUUUUGGACCGAAUAUCACUUUCAUGUUACCUUGACUCCAUUUUGCAGUUCGAUUUUCACUCCGCUCUCGAGUAUUUGGUUGCCCAGUUUUUUGAAUAGAAUUCAACACCUCACAAUUGAACUCGAUUUGACUCGGUUUGGUGGCAAUGCGCUGAAGUUUGCUAGGCGAUUUGAGUACAACAUGGAAAAAAUGGAAAGUCUUCUACUUGAUAUUGUUAGGGGUUUGAUACAGCGACGUGGUAGAAUGGCUGAGCUUACUCUAUUGUGUAGACGUUUCAACGGUUAUCGUCCAGUUGAUGAAAAUGAUCCCGAUUGGAAGGCAGAUGAAUUGUUUGAAUACUUUCCGAAGGAAGCUAUGCAGUUCUGCGAUGCAAUCAUAAACCUUCGUGGCACUGUUAGAUCUGUCAGAAUCGCCGGGUUUCCUUUAGAUUACACCAGAACUUUACUCAAAGCUAUGUUCGGACAUGGAGAAACCUCGCGCCAGUUUAUUGUCCCUGAUCGAUCUGCUUGGCCCCCACUUCCGCAACAAUAUUCAGGCAUAAAGCAGACACCAGAUCUAUAUAGUGCUUCUAUUGCUCCGAUGUCGCCACAAUUUCCCGAUUAUCAGGAAAGUCUCUAUAGUCCAUGGUUGUACGAGGCGUCAGUCUACUCUCUUGAACGCCCUGGAUAUAACGAUGAUCUUCCAGUGAGACCAGAUACUCCGCUAUCUGUUACGACAGUUGGUGACCAUGUCAAACUGUAUCAGGAACUUUCACCACCAAUCGCUUCGGCUGAUCCAUCUCAUAGCCCAGUGAAAUAUUUACUAGAUUUGACCGAGAAGUCCGCGUUGACCUACCAAGUCAUGGAGGCGGAGGAUCGUAACAACUCGAAACGACAUACAAAAAAGCUGAACCCACGAAAUUCCAGAGAUUUUAGUCCUGGUCACUUCUAUCGUCAGAUAAAAGAAGAUCCUGAAGCUGAUUUUAAUAGUCAAGAAGAACAAACAUCGAAUACUGCUGUGAUUAACCUAGUCCAACAAGGAUUAGACAAUGCUUGUGACAGUCAAAAGACAAAUCAAAGAGAAGUCCUUCCUACUGGAGAAGAGAGUCACCGAUCAAUAUACCACGAGAAAGACAAAUCAUUGCCUAAAGCUCCAAAUUUCUCAAGCAAAAAAAGAUCGCAAUUUAGUGAAAGACAAAUGCCUGAUAUUCCAGAGAGUCCUGUGAACACAACUCGCAUUAACUCCCAUAUCUCCACUGCGGAAAUUAGACCAGGAACAAUAAAAGCAUCAAGUGAUCUCCACUUGAAUCGUGUCCGGGCUCACAUAGAAAAGUCUACGUUGGGAAGCGAUGAAGGCUACAGCGAGCCCCAAUCCCCGCCUUCUCCCAUCAAAAUUACUAAAGCAGAAACUUUAACAAAGUCUGACGACAAUUGUCUUGUUCAAAACUCAGCGAGGAACUCUCGACCAGAGGCCUUGAAUGAUUGCACUAAUUCUAGUUCGCCUCAUCCUUCUCCACAACCUUUCAAUAAUAAUACACAGGAGUUGGUUCUCGAAACACCAAUCGACCGAAGUCUACUGCGCACACCUUCACCGCCCGCAAGACCAGCAACGGCCACCUCUCCCAAUACUUUGAAUAGUAUGAAUGAACGAGACCCCAAAUAUCUCUUGAGUAUCCGAGCUCUUCGAUCUGCCUCUACAUCAACCGAAAGUGUCAUUAGAUCUCCAGCAAAAGUUCAUAGGCCAGUUUCAUUAGUACAUCCGACGACCUGGUCAGGUUUACCUAUGAUCUCUGCACCAGCUCCUCAGAGAAGUUUCACGAGCACGGGACCGCAGACACAAAGGAGCGAGUCUGCUGAGUCGGAUUCUAGGAAAUUGAGAUUCUUGGGUUGGAUGCGACGAAGUGGGUAG